GCCACCUGCAGGACGGGAGGCCACAUCGCCGUAAACACCUGAACACGCCGCGUCGCGCUGCCGCCUACAUGGGCGGAAGAUACAUAAACAUAUAAAUGGAAGGAAGUGUAACUGUGCAGUAGUUUUUCAGCAAGAUGUACUGCGAGGAGCGUCUUCUGGGUUUGUGAGAGGCUGAACAGGGAACGUGGAAGAGAUCAUUGCAGAAAGUGUGAUUGAGCAAAAUAACACCUCGGCCGUCCAGUGGCGCAUGCUGGGGGGACCUCAGCACAGUGCCCCCAGUUUGCCGGAAGGAGUCACGCCAUAUGUUAAUGAUAAGCACGUCAGCAUGGACACCUUCCUGGCCAGAAAGGAGGAAGAGUGAGCGCCUAACCACAGGGCUGUUUCCUCUGAGCGUGUUUUCACUGUUAGCCUGCAAGCCUCCAUGGAGGAAGAGCAGCCGUGUCUGACGACAUUGGGCGGCUGGGGCUCCGAGGACCGGCUGCAACCGGACUUGUGGACAUGCACAGAGGACAUUACCAUGGAGGUGAGGGCCCAACUUGACAUGGUGGGAGAAUUAGCACUGGGGGUGACUUCCCAGAUGGGUUCAUCGCAGUCAAGCUCAGAUGAUGAUCUGGACAGUGCUGAGGAAGGUACCCCGGACAUGGACUGGACAGAGAAUCCUCUGUCUGUACAUCGGUCCCACCUACAGGAUCCGGGUGAAGGAGACCAGACAGAAGAACACACAGGUUUAUUAAUGCGUGCCAGUCCCGAGCUCAGGAAGCCCCAUCAGCAGGACGUUGACCUCUUAAGCCAAGACAGAAAGGAUUGUGGGAUGCAGGAGGAUGAUGGUGCUGCAUCCAGACAGACUGCAGAGGACAGAGAGUUUGUGGACUCACACCUGGGUGAAUCCCGACAAAAGGCCGAGCGGGAUUCUUUGGAGGAAGCCACACAUUCUGAAAGUGACACCAAGAAUACUGUCAUACCUGGACCUGGUGGACGGAGAGCUGAGGUCGAGUGUCCAGCUUUGGAAAGGACCAGUGCCUUUGUGAGGGCCAUGGAGGAUGUGGGGCUGCCUAAUGGGUUAGAGACAUCCACAACGAUGGCAGAUACCGCAGCAGGGGAAGAAUCAGACUGUCCUGAAGCCAGCACUGCAGCAUCACACGAAAACCAGACGGGUUACUCCACUGAGGAGGAAGAGGAGGGGACUGACAGAGAGCAGGGGGAGGAGAGACACACCGGGACCACGCCCCCUCCUGGAGGUGAGGAGGAAGAGGAGGGGACUGACAGAGAGCAGGGGGAGGAGAGACACACCGGGACCACGCCCCCUCUUGGAGGUGAGGAGGAAGAGGAGGGGACUGGCAGAGAGCAGGGGGAGGAGAGACAUGCCGGGACCACGCCCCCUCCUGGAGGUGAGGAGGAAGAGGAGGGGACUGGCAGAGAGCAGGGGGAGGAGAGACAUGCCGGGACCACGCCCCCUCUUGGAGGUGAGGAGGAAGAGGAGGGGACUGACAGAGAGCAGGGGGAGGAGAGACACGCCGGGACCACGCCCCCUCCUGGAGGUGAGGAGGAAGAGGACCCCAAUUUACAGCAUCAUAAUACUGAGAGGGACCAUCAUGCACCAUUGGAGAAAUACGGAAACACAGAAAAAGAUCAGAGCAGCAGUCCUGAUCUUAGAAAACACCUUCAGCAAUUAGAAUGGCUGAAGAAUGCUGAAUAUUUACAGCAGUCAGAAGAGCCAGAACAACAGGACUGGCUUAGGGUGUGUGAGGAACCAGAGGUGAAGGGCGACUCAAGGCAGACAGAUCACAUGGACCAGUCUGAACCGGAGAAACAAUCACAAGAGCAGAGAGAAGAAGGAUCAAAAGAAAGAGAUCACAUGGAUCAGUCUGAAGCAGAGAAACAAUCGCAAGAGCAGAGAGAUGAAGGAUCAAGGCUGAUAGGUGACAUGGGUCAGUCUGAACCAGAGGAUCGAUCAGACGAGUUAAGCACAACAUGCCCAAUACAACAGGCAGAGCUGUCUACCUCAGGAUACAUGGACAGGGCUGCAAAUAAUGAGCCGGUCAGCCAGCCAGCGCAAGCAGAGGAGCAGGCGAUCCCCCAUGCUAACGGGCGGUGCGUGGACAGGGAGGGGGCACGCGCACUGGCCGAGAGGCUAUACAGGCUGGACAACAUGCGACGCACAGAGGUGGUCAAACACAUGGACAAAGAUAACGAGUUCAGCAGAGCCGUGGGGGAAGAGUAUCUCAAGUUCUUCCACUUCACUGGUCAGAGCCUGGAGCAGAGUCUCAGGUCGUUCCUGAAGGUGGUGGUUCUAAUAGGUGAGACGCAGGAGAGAGAGAGGGUUCUGGAACAUUUCGCCAAUCGGUUUCAUCAGUGCAACCCUGACUGCUUCUCCCCAGAAGUGGUGCUGACUCUCACCUGUGCUGUGAUGCUGCUCAACAGUGAUCUUCAUGGCCAGAACGUGGGGAAAGCUAUGUCAGUCUCCAGCUUUGUGUCCAACCUGGAAGGCAUGAACGACGGAGGGAACUUUUGCAAAGACUUGCUAAAGAACCUGUACAGCAGUAUAAAAAGUGACCCGCUGGAGUGGGCAGUGAACGAGGAGGAACUGAAGUGUUCCCUGCUUCCAGGGGAAGAUAAGACAGAAGCGCAGCCACGUUCAAAAAGCAACCCCUUCCAGGACGUCCCCCAUGAUAAGAAGGCCACCGUUUACAAGCACGGCUUGCUGACACGUAAAGCCCAUGCAGACAUCGAUGGCAAACGCACUCCUUGGGGGAAGAGAAGCUGGAAGACCUUCUAUGCUGUCCUGAAAGGGAUGGUGCUGUACCUACAGAAGGAUGAGUACAGGAUGGAGUGGCAGAGCUCAGAGGAGGUAGUCAGCGUUCAUCACGCCCUGGCUGAGAAGGCCGCCGACUAUACCAAGAAACCGCACGUCUUCAGGCUGCAGACUGCCGACUGGAGGGUCUUCCUCUUCCAGGCUUCCUCCGCCGAGCAGAUGAGCUCCUGGAUCUCCCGGAUAAACCUGGUGUCAGCCCUCUACUCAUCCCCCCCAUUCCCCGCAGCUGUGGGCUCCCAGAAGAAGUUCACCAGGCCCAUCCUACCCGCCUCCCAGUCCACUCUCUCCAUGGACAAACAGCUGGAGUCCCACUGCAGGAUGCUGCAGUCCUUCUCUGAGGACCUGAGCUUCCUGACGCAGAGCCUGCCUGAAGGCCGCAAGGCCAAGGCUCGGGAGAUGGAGGAAUACAAGCUGAGAGAGGAGUAUCUGCAGCACGAGAAGAGCCGUUAUGAGGUGUAUAAGCAGAUCCUGGAGGUGUGGAAGGGCCUGAUCAGAGGGAAGGACGGAGAGCCGGGGGCGGCAGAGCUGGAGCAGCUUGACAGGGAGAUGUGUGACAUCUCAGACGACGAGCUGGACGAAGGGGCGGGCCUUAAAAAGUCCCACUCCAGCCCAUCCAUCAAUCUGGAGCCCACGCCGCAGCCCACCGUCAAGGUGAAGCGCAACAUCUCCGAGAGAAGGACCUACCGGAAGAUCGUCAUACCGCGGCGCAACCGGGAGCUGUGACCCCGCAGCAGCUUCAGCAGCUUCAGCAGCGUCGCGACGGGUUCGCUUUUAUUUUCUUACAUUCGGUUAUUUUCAUCUCCUGAUUGUUACAGGAAAAGGUUUACUGAGCUCAACUGUCAUUGGUACUGCCAUAAUAUAUACAUAUAUAUAUUUUAUUAAUUUUGUAAUACUUAAAUUUUAUAAUACUUAAGUAUUUUUGUUUUCUGACCAAGUAAAAUGUAGUUAGAUUAUUCAAAUGACUCUUCAGAAAAAGGUCAAUGAAUGUUAUUGCGCGAAACAGCGUCAUCUGUUGUGUGCCCCAAAAUUGUCCACUUGAGGGCGCCAUUUCACCAGCACUUGAAAAUGAAGGCACAUGGAUGGCUGAUUCUUACUGUCUGAAUGGCUGAUUCUUACAGUCUGAAUGGCUGAAUCUUUCCACACCUGGGGGCCACACUGUUUGCUGUUUUCUGCUCCCUUUCUUAUAAGACAUCAUUUCCCCUAAAUUAUGUGUCACUUUGCAAAAAUAAAUUUUGCACUUUUGUAACCUUGAA